GAAGAAGAGAACGUAAUCUUGGACUGCCAAGGUGCGGCAGCUCUGGUUCAACUAAAGCUCGCUCUCGGAUCAACACGAAGACACUUUCCAAUUCUUCUCUACUGCUCCAGUUAUCGUACACCCCCCCCUAGACGCUCCAUAUGACGGCUGACAUUGAAACAGACCCUCUUCCGUCGAAUAGAACUGUGUCCAAGAAAAGCGACAUAUUGGAUGUUGUAGGUGGAAAUGGACCGUGGCAGAGGAGGAUAUUUUUGAUCAUCCUUCUUUUCGUUAUACCAGAUGCUACGCACAACUUUUCGAUCUCAUUUUUGGCACCUAACCUGGAUCAUUGGUGCGCAAGACCAAGUGGAGUCAAUAUCAGUGUCGAGGAAUGGAAAAGGAUAGCUCUCCCACCCAACGACUAUCAUUGCUCCAAGUACAAAGAUAUCAAUUUAACACUUCUUGAGGAAGACCUCAAUGUCACCAGAAGUAAUGAACUUGUCAAGUGUGAUGCUUGGGAAUAUGACGAAACAUUUUACACUUCCACUCUUCUCAGCCAGUGGAAUUUGGUAUGUGAUAAAGAAUGGCUAGUCUCAAUGUUAAAAUCUGUCUUCAUGGGAGGCGUUAUGGUAUCUGUUGUUUUGUUUGGGUAUAUAGCUGAUAAAUUAGGAAGAAGACCAGCCAUUGCCGCUUGUGCCUUUAUUGGUGUAUCAUCAGCUAUUAUUUGCACUUUUUCAAUUUCGUUCAUCAUGUUUGCCGUUUCCAGAUUCUUUGUUGCCCUUGGAAUUGAUGGAGUUUUCAACACCUCGUUUGUCUUACUUAUGGAAGUCGUUGGUCCAGACUGCAGAUCAUUUUAUGGUCUUGCUAUAGAAUUUGGCUGGUGCAUCGGAAUUGUCAGCCUUCCGGUUUUCGCUUAUUUGCUAAGAGAUUGGUUUUGGAUACAAACAGCACUCACGGCACCAUGCUUGCUACUCCUUAGUAGUUGGUGGUUGUUACCAGAGUCACCACGCUGGUUAUUGUCUCAAGGACGUGUCGAAGAAGCCCAGGAAACGCUCAGUAAGGCAGCCAAGGCAAAUGGCAUAGAGCCAUCCGACAUAGAUACGACUCUCCGAAAAAUAAUGUCAAAAGCCAGUGAGGCUCAUGAGUCUGGAGAAGCGUCCGGAAAUUUCCUAGAUUUGUUGCGUACUCCUGGACUCUGGCAAAUGACGCUAAAUGUGUACUUUCUUUGGUUCGUAAAUGUUUUCGUGUACUAUGGACUUUCGUACAACACCAACGAACUAGCCGGUGAUCCCUUCGUUAACUUUGCACUUUCCGGAGCAGUGGAGUUCCCGGCAUAUGUUCUCAGCAUUAUAGCUAUACGAUCCUUGGGCAGAAGAAAUCCUCUAGCUGUUGCUCUGAUAAUAGGAGGUGUUGCUUGUCUUCUCUGCUACCUCAUGCCCGAAAACCCGUGGUGGUUCGGUGUGACUGUUUCAAUGAUUGGCAAGUUCUGUAUAAGUUGCGCUUUCGGUAUAAUCUUGGUUUUCACGGCCGAGAUCUUCCCAACUGUGGUCAGAAACAUUGGCCUCGGAUCGGCUUCAAUGGUUGGUCGUGUCGGAUCCAUACUUGCGCCCUUCAUACGAGAACUUGGCCAUGCUACACAUCCAGUGGUGCCUCAAAUUGUGUAUGGUGUGCUUGCUGUUACGAGUGGAAUGCUGGUAUUGCUUUUGCCUGAAACAAAUAACUGCGUUAUUCCGGAUACUAUCAAAGAAGCUGCUAAUGCCUCCAGAAAAAAGUUGAGACCAACGAAACAUCAGAACGAUCACUCAGUAACAAUAAAAGUACCCAAUGGAGACGCGGAUAAAAGCUAUGAAGAAGAAAAGAUGACAGCAGUUACUUCUUUACCAAAUCCAGCUGCUAAACCUCAAGAGAAUAGUAAAAAGUUAGUUGAUGUUAAAGAAGAAGAAAUUCACUUUGAAGGUCCUGCAACGACUGUUCGUGAACCUGAUGAUGAUCCUGAUCCUUCGGAAGUGGCUGAAUCAGGUGAAGUAGAAACAACGCAGGCUUCUUCUCCUGAAGUCUCUGAAGACGUAAAUGUGGAGACUGAAAACACACAGUCAGCGGAAAAUGUCCCAGACACACCAGAAAAUGAUUCAAAAAACGAAUUUGUGAUGGAUUAUUAUUAGUAAUUUUUUUUGUUGUAAAUAAUAACAGGGACCAUUUUCCUGCCAACUUUAAAAUGAACAUUUCUGGGUACAUUUUGUUCCCAAAGUACUGUAAUGGUGAUAGCCGUCAGCAUGUAAGAAUGGCGCUUACAAAACCUUUGUUAUUGGUUAUUUGUUGACGGUGUCAUAGAUGAUUGCUAUCCUUUCGCAAUUCUCUGCAGCCUUAUUAUUGAUUACCUGUAAGUAAUCGAUGCAGUUCACAUAGGGGUAACCAAAUGUUCAUUCUGCAAGAAUAUUUACAUUCUCUUUCAUACUAUAAGUUGAAACACUGAAAGAAGGUUUAUUGAAGAUAACUAAAUUACAUUGUAUUCUGGUAUUUGUCUUUGUUACCCAAAUAAUGGAAAAGAAUACCUUAUGUUACAAAUUAAUCAUAUAACAGAAGCUAUAUUUAAAGGUCCUAUCAAUUCAUUUCCAUGAUAUGUAAUAAAUACUGAUAUAGAAUCCCUUGUAGUGCAGAAUUGAAUGUAAUAUACAGUAGUAUAGGUUUAUCCGUAUUAUUGGUGUGAAUGUUGAUAAUUUUAUUUUGAAUAAGUGUACAUAAAAAGUAUAUUUUUAUACAUUACAUAAAUUGUUUGUCUUCGCUGGCGCAAGAAGACAUAAAGAAAGAUAUUUUCUAAAAUAAUUUUAAAUAAAGAGAUUAAAAUGUACUCAUUAAAAAUUUUCAGAUUUAAUUAAAACACUCCUUGAGAAAAUAGACAUAGUUAACAAAUGCAGAUAGUAGUAUAUUCUACUAUUUAUAUAUAGUUUGAAAUGCUGAUGUUUGAAGCGUGAAAAACAAGAAGUUAAUUACCUACAUGUCAUUUUAACUUUUGUUUCUUUUAGUGUCAUAUCUCUAAAACUCUAAGCCCGAUAUUUUUUGUAUAUAUCGUAGCGUUUACCAGGGCUUUAUAUUUUGGCUAUUAUGUAAAACAGUUUAUUCGAAAUGCAGAUAAUUUUUAAAUCUGUAUGAAGUUACGUUAGUCAUUAUCAAUACUUUAAAGAAUUAAAUUUUUAAAAAUCCGAGCCGUAAUAUGCUUUUAAUUAAAUAUUGAACUGUACAAUCAGAAUUGCAUUUUGCACCGUUUUAGUAAGUAGAACGGUAUUGUGCACUGUUUCCUUUAGUUCUUAUAAAGUAUAAAACAUAUAUAGCUCUGAGUAAGCAUUAUUGUUCUAAUUUAUAAUUAAUAAGCGAUAUCAGUGAUAGAUAUAGUUAUAAGCGAU